AUGGAGCUGUGGCAGGUACCGCUGGUCUUCUCGCACCUGCCCAUGUUCCCCUUCUUCGACUUGGCGCACUAUGUGGCCUCCGUCAUGGCGCUGAAGGAGCAGCAGGGAGCUGUGGAAGUGUCAGUCCGGAGUCCAGUUGCCUGCUGGUUUAGUGCUAUGCUUCAUUGCUUUGGUGGGUCAGUUUUGUCUUCACUCAUGCUUGCUGAACCUCCAGUAGCAUUUCUGGCAAAUGGCACAAAUAUUCUGCUGGCAUCUUCAGUCUGGUACCUUGUGUUUUAUUGCCCACAAGACAGAUUCUGCCAGUGUUUUGCCUUUCUGCCUCUUCGGCUUUUGGUUGCGGGAAUCGCUCAGGACGUUAUACACUCCAUUUAA